UCAUCCCUGCUCUAGAGGCAGUGUCUACAUCACCAUGGCGACUGGACAGAAGUUGAUGAGAGCUAUUAGAGUUUUUGAAUUUGGUGGACCAGAAGUGCUGAAACUCCAGUCAGAUGUUGUCAUGCCAGUUCCAAAAGAACAUCAGGUUCUAAUCAAAGUCCAUGCAUGUGGUAUCAACCCCGUGGAGACAUACAUUAGCACUGGUACUUAUAUUAGAAAACCGCUUUUACCCUAUACCCCUGGCACUGAUGUGGCGGGGGUUAUAGAAUCCAUUGGGAAUAAUGUGUCUGCUUUCAAGAAAGGUGACCGAGUCUUCACUAACAACACUAUCUCAGGGGGCUACACAGAGUACGCUCUUGCUGAAGACCACACGGUGUAUGCACUGCCCGACCAGCUGGACUUCAAGCAGGGCGCCGCCAUCGGUAUCCCGUACUUCACUGCCUGCCGUGCUCUGUUCCAUAGUGCCCGUGUGAAAGCUGGAGAGAAAAUUCUGGUUCAUGGAGCCAGCGGAGGAGUUGGAUUAGCAACAUGCCAAAUUGCUAGAGCUUACGGCUUACAGGUUUUGGGCACAGCUGGUAGUGAGGAGGGACGAAAGAUUGUUUUGCAAAAUGGAGCCCAUGAAGUGUUUGAUCACAAAGAAGCUGAUUAUAUUAAUAAAAUCCAGAAAUCUGUUGGUGAAAAAGGAAUUGAUGUGAUUAUUGAGAUGUUGUCUAAUGUAAACCUUAAUAAUGAUUUGAAACUUCUGUCAUAUGGAGGACGAGUAAUAGUCGUUGGUUGCAGAGGCUCAAUUGAAAUAAACCCGCGGGAUACCAUGGCAAAGGAGACUUCUAUAAUUGGAGUUGUGCUGUUUUCAUCAACCAAGGAGGAAUUUAAGCAGUUUGCAUCAGUUCUUCAAGCAGGAAUGGAGAUUGGUUGGUUGAAGCCUGUGAUAGGUUCUCAGUAUCCACUGGAGAAGGUUGCCCAGGCUCAUGAAAACAUCAUACAUGGCAGUGGGACUGUUGGGAAAAUGGUUCUUCUGAUAUGAUGCUGCUUUUUUGGGCUUCCAGUGUAAUUAGUAGAUUUUGUGUCCUCCAUGUAGCUUACAUUGCCAUUAGUAACAUUUGUUUGAUUCCGUGAAUUUGACUUAACAAGAUUAUCCUUUAGGGGACAGGGACACUAAAGUCUGUUUCACAGAUUACAAUCCUUUUAAUGCCUUUUAUCUUAAUCAAGGAGCCAUCAUAGUAGGAAAAACUGUGAUGCGGUCACUUGGCAUUGGUGUACAUUCCAGAAAUUCUUAACUGAUUCUUGUUUAAUUCUGUGCCAUUGAUUAACACAUGCGAAUUCAAAGUAAGA